AUGGCAGCCAACGGUACCAAUGGUGCUAGCACCACCUAUGCUCUCCCAAAAACCCACCAGGAUAUGCUGGAGAAGUCGCUGCUCGACACGGAUCCAGAGAUUGCGGAGAUUAUGAAAUUGGAAAUCCAACGUCAACGCGAAUCCAUCAUCCUCAUCGCCUCCGAAAAUGUUACUUCCCGCGCUGUCUUCGAUGCGUUGGGAUCGCCCAUGUCUAACAAAUACUCGGAAGGCUACCCCGGUGCCAGAUACUACGGUGGAAAUCAGCACAUCGACGCCAUUGAGUUGACCUGCCAGGCUCGUGCCCUUAAAGCUUUCAAUGUCACUCCAGACAAAUGGGGUGUUAAUGUUCAGUGCUUGAGUGGCAGUCCCGCCAACUUGCAGGUCUAUCAAGCUAUCAUGAGACCUCACGAUAGACUCAUGGGUCUUGACCUUCCUCACGGUGGUCAUUUGAGCCACGGCUACCAAACCCCACAGCGGAAGAUCUCCGCCGUUUCCACAUAUUUCGAGACGUUCCCAUAUAGAGUCAACCUCGAGACUGGGAUCAUUGAUUACGAGCAACUGGAGCAGAAUGCUCUUAUGUACAGACCCAAGGUUCUCGUCGCUGGUACCUCUGCAUACUGCCGUCUGAUCGACUACAAGCGUAUGCGAGAGAUCGCUGAUCUAGUGGGCGCAUAUCUCGUUGUUGACAUGGCACACAUUUCUGGUCUCAUUGCCGCCGGCGUCAUUCCAAGUCCUUUCGAGUAUGCCGAUAUCGUCACGACAACUACACACAAGUCUCUUCGUGGACCACGUGGUGCCAUGAUCUUUUUCAGAAAGGGUGUUCGCAAGACCGAUGCUAAGACCGGUAAGGAGACUCUGUACGACUUGGAGGGUCCUAUCAAUUUCUCUGUUUUCCCCGGUCACCAGGGAGGACCUCACAACCACACCAUUACCGCUCUUGCCGUUGCUCUCAAGCAAGCCACCACACCAGAUUUUAAGGCAUACCAAGAGCAGGUUGUCAAAAAUGCAAAGGCUCUUGAAGUUGAGUUCAAGAAUCUCGGUUACAAGCUGGUCGCUGAUGGAACGGAUUCUCAUAUGGUACUUCUUGAUCUGCGGCCACAGGCACUCGAUGGUGCGCGCGUAGAGGCAGUUCUGGAACAGGUCAAUAUUGCUUGCAACAAGAACUCCAUUCCAGGUGACAAGUCUGCGCUUACGCCAUGCGGUAUCCGCAUCGGUACACCAGCUAUGACUUCCCGUGGGUUUGGUGAGGAUCACUUCAAGAAGGUCGCAGAUUACAUUGAUCAAUGCAUCAAGAUCUGCAAGGAAGUUCAAGCUGCUCUUCCAAAGCCCGACAACAAGCUAAAGGACUUCAAGGCCAAGGUGGCUGGUGGUGAGGUUGAGAAGAUCAGCGCUAUGCGCAAGGAGAUUGCUUCCUGGGCUGGAUCCUUCCCUCUUCCAGUUGAGGGCUGGAGAGCGGAGUAG